UUUGCUGUUGUUUUCACUUCAUUCUUUUUGAAGUAAUUAUAUCUACCAUAGAGACACUCAUUGGCUAAAACACACAACAUGCUCACAACAUUCUCACAAAUCUGUAUUAUGAUGUCAUUCCGCAGCCUCAUCACAUGGCUGUUGUGGAUCAAAGUGGGGUCUGUUCCCUGAGCAUCUCUUCUUCCUGUAACACUAGGGUGAAGUUGGCCUGAGUAGACGCUGAUCUUGGGUCAGUUUGGCCUUUUCCCCACUAAUGGUUAAGCUUAGGAUUGGGGAGGGUAGGCUGAUCUUAGAUCUGUACCUAAGGGAAACUUCACCCUGUAGUGUAACAGUCAUUGAGGAGUGAUCUGAUUACUUCUUAAUCGCCUGCACUGUGACUCUCACAUGAUGCUGCUAGAAUCCCUGGGAGCCCUGGGCUUUAUUCAUUAGGCACCAAACAAAAGCAACGGUCCAAAACAGGGAGUGUUCUACAUGAAUUUGACCAAUAAGAAACUCUCGUUCCGUUACAAGUUAUUUUGCUACAGUGUAGAUGAAUGAAUACACUCUUCUGUCUGCUGGAGCCCUGAGCUAACGACCCACCCACCACACCACACUGCAUAGAGCUGUACUGACCUGGCUUCCGCCACCUCAACUCUCUCCCUUUCCCCUCACACAGUCUCCUCUCCUCUCCUUUUCUCUCCUCUAGUCUCGUAAACUGACCGGAAGACGGGGAGAACUGCCUCUCACACACUGAUUAGCUGAGGACAAGGGGAGAAUCGUCCAUCACACAUUCAUUCGUUGAGAGGACAGGACAAGGGAAGAAUAGUUUCUGAGAGGACAGGAGAAUAAUAUCUUCUGAGAGGACAAGGGAAGAAUAUUUUCUGAGAGGACAGGAGAAGAAUAUCUUCUGAGAGGACAAGGGAAGAAUAGUUUCUGAGAGGACAGAGGGAGAACCGUUUCCUGGCAGCUAGGAAGAUGAGGAGGUUACAGUCCAUGAGAUGGUUUUGUUUUCCCUGGUUAAGGAGAGAGACCUCACAGACUGAGACCAGCCCACUCAUACCAAAGAAAGACACAGAUAGAGAGUUGUCAGGAGUCCUUCAGGGGACUGAUGAGAGCAGCACAGAAGAACAGGCUCCAGAACCAGGACCGAAUGAUGGACCAGGGAACAAGGGUAGAACCAGGGAGGUAAAACACAAAGCCCGUAGCAGGCCCUUCUUCCUGAGAGACUGUCUUCUCAAGUACCUCCUGUUCUUCAGCAACCUCCUCUUCACGGUGCUAGGCCUGGUGGUCCUGGCCCUGGGACUGUGGGGCCUCAUCAACAAGGAAUCCUUCGCUCAGGAGAAAAUAGGACAGAUCAGCACCGACCCCAUGCUGGUGUUUGUGAUACUGGGCUUGGUGCUGUCUACCCUCUGCCUGUCAGGCUGUGUGGGGGCUCUGAGAGAGAACUGCUGCCUGCUCCAGGUCUUCUCAGCCACUGUGCUGGUCCUGGUAGCAGCCCAGGUCCUAGCGGCCAUCGUGGCAUACAGCCUGCAGGGACAGAUAGAGGGAUACCUGAGGUCAGGUAUGCUGGCUGCCAUGGUGCGUUACCAGGAUGACCUGGACCUGAGGUUCAUCACAGAUGAGAUCCAGAUAGGACUGCAGUGCUGCGGGGCCGACAACUACAGAGACUGGGAGGUCAACAUGUACUAUAACUGCUCUGCCCCGGGGGUGCUGUCCUGUGGGGUCCCUGCUACCUGCUGUGUGGACCCCCUGGAGAACGGCACAGUGUGGAACUCCCAGUGUGGAGUAGGAUCCCAGCAGCUGGAUGAGUUCUCUGCUCAGAGCGUCAUCUUCCUGGGGGGCUGUCUGGGGGGCAUGUCCCGCUGGAUAGAGCAGCACACAGGCCUGAUAGGAGCUGUGGGUAUCGUCCUACUGGGGAUUCAGAUCAUCACUCUGUUCAUCACCACACAACUGAUGGAUAACAUCCAGUGCAGUAAAGCUACAAGUUAAUAAGACCCAGUGGAGUAAAGCUACAAGAUAAUGAGACCUUGUGGUGUAAAAUUACAAGAUAAUAACAUCUGGUGGAGUAAAGCUACAAGAUAAUAACAUCUAGUGGAGUAAAGCUACAAGAUAACAUCUAGUGGAGUAAAGCUACAAGAUAACAUCUAGUGGAGUAAAGCUACAAGAUAACAUCUAGUGGAGUAAAGCUACAAGAUAACAACAUCUAGUGGAGUAAAGCUACAAGAUAAUAACAUCUAGUGGAGUAAAGCUACAAUAUAACAUCUAGUGGAGUAAAGCUACAAGAUAAUAACAUCUAGUGGAGUAAAGCUACAAGAUAAUAACAUCUAGUGGAGUAAAGCUACAAGAUAAUAACAUCUAGUAGAGUAAAGCUACAAGAUAAUAACAUCUAGUGGAGUAAAGCUACAAGAUAAUAACAUCUAGUGGAGUAAAGCUACAAGAUAACAUCUAGUGGAGUAAAGCUACAAUAUAACAUCUAGUGGAGUAAAGCUACAAUAUAACAUCUAGUGGAGUAAAGCUACAAUAUAACAUCUAGUGGAGUAAAGCUACAAGAUAAUAACAUCUAGUGGAGUAAAGCUACAAGAUAAUAACAUCUAGUGGAGUAAAGUUACAAGAUAAUGAGACCUUGUGGUGUAAAAUUACAAGAUAACAUCUAGUGGAGUAAAGCUACAAAAUAACAUCUAGUGGAGUAAAGCUACAAUAUAACACCUAGUGGAGUAAAGCUACAAGAUAACAUAUAGUGGAGUAAAGCUACAAUAUAACACCUAGUGGACUAAAGCUACAAGAUAGUAACAUCUAGUGGAGUAAAGCUACAAGAUAAUAACAUCUAGUGGAGUAAAGCUACAAGAUAACAUCCAUGAUGCUAGCUGGACUCUUGUUAUCACUAUGUGCUGAUGGAUAAAAACCAUGAAACCAUGGAAAUGUAUUAUGAUGAUGAUAAAUGUCCUUGACUGUAAUGUAACCAUAGGACGUCAACCUUCUGUCUUGGAAUGCUUUUCCGAAUGAUCUUCAUAAUGGGACUCUGGAAAAGGAGAAGAUGCCAAAGAACGUGCAAUGUGCAGUAGUCUAUAAAUAACACUGUAGUCUGUAACUAACACAGUAGGCUAUAAAUAACAUAGUAGUUUAUAAAUAACAACAGAGGCAGAUUGUUUUUUCACAAUACAAUGGUCUCUCUCUCUCUCUCUCUCUCUCUCUCUCUCUCACACACACACCAUGUAAUAGGAAAAGUAUCAUAUUGAUUAUUGCUCUAUCCUCUCUUUAUGGUUGUGAGGUGUGUGCCAGGUCAUAUUACUACGUCAUAGUGACUUGGUCUUUAAGAUAAUGAACUCAGCUCUUAAUCAACCCAAUCUCCAAAUAAUACGCCAACCCGCGGGGUACCUGCAGCAGCAGAAUUACGCCUUGACUUGACAUUUAAAUUACAACAUGUGGUGUCUUAUCUUAGCUGUCAGUCAAACACAGCAAAAGUGAAAAUAAGAUUUCAGUUUUCAAUCAUUAAUUCCAAAUGAUUAAAUGAAGGGUUAGGGUUAAGGUUAGGGUUAUGGUUAGGUUUAAAAUCAGAUUUUAAGUGGCUGUGCCAGCUACUGACGACUCUGCAGAGCUGCCUCCAGUUCAAGAUUCAUGACAAUACAUGCCAACCUGCACACUAUUUAUUUCAUUUUUAUACAAGUUCAGCAAGUGGUACUCAAUGCUUUUGUAGGUAGAGAACAGAGGAGGCUGGUGGGUACAGGCUUAAUGUAAUGACUGAAAUGGAGUGGAUAGAAAGAUAUCAAACACAUCAAACACAUGGUUUCUAUGUCUGAUACAGUUGCAUUAAUUCCAUUCCAGCCUUUACAAUGAGCCGGUCCUCUGAUAUCUCUGCCCACUAAUCACCACUGGUGGAGAAAUAAUGAUUAGAACAUACAGUGUGAUACAAUACAGGAAACCUUCCUUUUCAUGUUCAGCCAUACAACCUUAACAGUGACACCAUUUAGAUAGUUUACAGUUGAUGAUCUGGUCGUCCUAAUAAUGUUCCACAAUAACAAAGUGAUUGUUUACAUCAGGUUUGGAGAUGAUAUUCCUGGAAUGGAUGGUCUUGUUACUGGUAAAAUAUCUCUCUGUUGGCAGACACAUUCUGCCAACGAAUUGCAAAAAUUGCUGAAGCUGGAGACUUUUAUUUCCCUCACCAACUUUAAACAUCAGCUAUCUGAGCAGCUAACCGAUCGCAGCAGCUGUAUAUAGUCCAUCUGUAAAUAGCCCACCCAAUCUACCUACCUCAUCCCCAUACUGUUUUUAUUUACUUUUCUGCUCUUUUGCACACCAGUAUCUCUACUUGCACAUCAUCAUCUGCUCAUUUAUCACUCCAGUGUUAAUCUGCUAAAUUGUAAUUCUUCGCUACUAUGGCCUAUUUAUUGCCUACCUCCUCAUGCCUUUUGCACACACUGUAUAUAGACUUUCUUUUUUUUCUACUGUGUCAUUGACUUAUUUAUUGUGUUAUUGGCUUGUUUAUUGUUUAUUACAUGUGUAACUCUGUGUUGUUGUCUGUGUCACACUGCUUUGCUUUAUCUUGGCCAGGUCGCAGUUGUAAAUGAGAACUUGUUCUCAACUAGAUUACCUGGUUAAAUAAAGGUGAAAUAAA